AUGCAUGUCGCAAGUCUUGAAAUGAUACAACCUCAUUUCGAACCGGCAUCCAUCGAUUACCAGCAGCAACAAACGCACCACCAGCAACAACAACAGCACAAGCAACAGGAACAACAGCACCAACACACAGCACAGCAACAGCAUCAACAGCAGCAGCAACAACAGCGCCAGCAGCAGCAACAACAACAGCAGAUUUCCAAAAUUAUCAGCAACCCUCCCCCAGCAAUCGUUAGUGCCCCAAAUGGAACAACGAUGUGCGUCGCCAAGCUUAUGAUUGGGCUAGAUCAUGCACCCCACGCAUUUAAUGUGCGAUCGCGUGUAUUGGGUGAUGGUGGUACAAACUUAAACUAUAUUCGUACUGAAACAGGUGCUAUAGUCACGCUAAGAGGUCGGGGAUCCAUGAAUCUUGAACCACAAACAAUGCAAGAAGCUCCUGAACCAUUGCAUUUGUUCAUUGAACAUCCGUCAUUGGAAGGGCUGCAGAGUGCCAAACAGUUGGCGAAAAAUUUAAUUGAAACUCUACAGGAAGAGCUCUCCUUUUUCCAAGAGAACAAUAUUCCUAAAGCAAACUUUCAGCUAAUACCCCAGUCGAACAUAGUGCAAACGACCCAAGUCACGCAAAUGCCUCCGAUCAUAAGAACCCAACAUGUUACGCAACCCAAUGGUAUUAUUCAUCAACCACCACCGACAGUUCUUGGUCCACCGCCUCCAAAUUUUGUGCAACAUCCACCCGCUUUGCCACAAAGUCAGCCACCUCCACCGCAAAUCAUUCAGCAAGCACCUACAAUAAUACAGUCACACGUGCCAGUACAAAUCCACCAGCAGCCGAAUAACGUCGUAAUCUCACAAAUCCAAACCACAGCGCCUCCAACGCAGAUUGCAAACGUAAGCAAUCCUCCACCGGGGACACAAAUACGUCCCCCUAUAGUGCAGAUCAAAAACUCACCUGCUGGAACCCAUUUGUCUCAGCCACCGCCAAGCAUACAAAUCCAGCAGGCACCGGCUGAGGCUGCCCAGCAGAUCAUUGUCAAUCCAGCACCGCCAUACCAGGUGCAGUAUAUACAGCAAAAUCCAUCCAUUCAGACCAGCAGUGGUCCCCAUCCGAGUGGACAGGUUACGAUUCAGCAUCUCAUUCAGCCCCAACCGCAGCCUGUACAGGGAAUUGUACAAACAACAAUACCUCCGCCUCAAUUCGACCACUUUCAGCGGCCACCACAAACUCAACAGAUUAUUACUGUGCAGGGUAGCACAGCUUUCAUGGUUCCGCCGCCGAACAUUAUUCAUCAGACGGCACCACAACCACAGAAUCAGAUCAUUUUCCAAACACAGCAACCGAUUCUUACACACCAUCCGCCGCCGGAGUUGGCCCCCAUGGGACCACAAGCGUCCAUUACUCAACCAACCGGAAUGCUCAUAAACGGGGCGGACGGAAAGAAAGUUGGUGGUCCUGCGGAGUUGCAAAUCAAGCAAGAUUCGCUUAAGCUCGAUGAGGGUCCACCUCCCGGAACCAUCUUGCAGCAGAUUCCGACCAGCGGCCAACUAACUAAAACCACUGUGAUUCCUGUUUCGUCGAUACCGGGCAUACCGAUCAGCCAGCCGCCACCACCGAUCAUGUCUGUGCCUCCACCGACAGUGCAACAUAUAGUCGGCAAUACGAUCAUUACGUCGCAACCGAAUGCGCCAAUCAGUCAUGGUGGGAUUCCGCAGCAAAUUUUUAGCCAAAUACCUGUGUCGAUUCAAUCGUUUGCUCCACCUCCCCAACAAAUGCAAGUGAGUGGGUCUCAUUUUGUCGUCAGUGCCCCACAACCAUGGCCUGUGGUAACUGCAUCAGCCGCAGGGCAACAAAUACAGCAAGUUCCGGUUAGCACGGUGCCGAGUAUACAGAUAACUACACAACCCAUGCGGAACCCGAAUGAAAUUCACAUCAUAAGCCAACCCACAAUUAUUAGCGCUGCAGAGUACCGGCCGCCGGCGUCACAGCAGCAGCAAAUCAUAGCGACUAGUGCAUUUAAUCCACAAAUUCAACCUCCGCAAGGUGUGCAGGUUCAAUUUCACACGGUGCCACCGCCAACUCAGCAAAUCAUCACCAGCUUGGCUAAUGCACAAACGCAACCUCCCCCACAAGCACCACAGUCGCAGCUGAUAGAAAAUCAACAAGGACCACAGCAUCAAAUUAUAAUAAAUGCCCCGAUUCCUCCACAACCACCUCCACCGCCACCGUCAUUUACGGCUGUACAAUAUUCUACUCAAGAGGCUCCAAAGCCUAAUGUCGAACAGUUGCAGCAAAGGCCACCACCCCAACCACAACCUCCACAGCAGCAAACGCCGCAUAGCUUAACGACGCAAUCCCAAUCGCAUACAAUUAUGCUGCGGCCAGGCCAAAAACGCAAAAUAUCAGAUGAAGAUGUUAAUAAAUCUAUGCCACCCAAAAUAGGCAUGGGUUCGAAUUAUGGGGGCAAUAUGUGUAGGAUGAGUGGUGCCGCAAGGAAUUUGCCAGUAGGAAACAAUGGCGGGAUCUUGACGGCCGCGCAAGCCAAAUGCAUAAUGUCAUCGGUAUCGACUGGUACAGCAACUACGACAUCUACAUCUGGGGUCGGCUUAAUAUCUUCUCAAAUAUCUGCUGAUCACUUAGUAGACUACAGACGUCAAAAAUAA